AUGCAUCACAAACUGGCUUUGGCCACAUUGGUGGCCACGGCAGCUUUGGCAAAUGCCGUGCCUGAUCGCCCGCGCAUCUACUUUCCCCGUGCCGUAAAGCGUCAACUGACAAAUGUCAACCAUACGAUCACUGCAGCUCCUGUGCCGUCGGAGAGCAGCUCGACAGCAUCCUCGACCGAAUCUACCAAGAGGGACCCAUUCAGUCUGUCGGACUUCUUCAACUCGCUUUCCAGCGGCCGAAACGGAGAUACAGACACCGUAGGCUCUGACUCGACUGCUGACAGUGGUAGUGCCGUCGGCACGGGCGACUCAGCUCCUAUCAUUGUUGUACCCACACUCGGACUGGGCGAUUCGUCAACCACGACGGAUGCGUCAACCACGACAGCCUCUGACGGGACGCCGGCUGUUGAUACCGAUACUCCGCCGCUUAUCGCCUUGCCCACACUUGGACUUGGCGAUACAACGACCACAACAUCUGCGGUUGCUUCUGACGCAACGAAUGGCGCCAACUCCACGGCGACUGAGACUGGGGCUACUACCACCGCUGCUGAGGUCACUACUACUGAGGCCACUGCGACUGCCACCGACGCAGUAUCAUCGACCGGAAUUGAGAUUCUCCCAACCGUUACCUCUAGCGAGGGAGGAGGUUUGGGAGGAGUUAUCAGCACAGUUUUGGGCGUCACCAGCGUUCUUCCUGGAGAGACCAACAGCACGACAACCGAUAUCACAGCCACGCAGACCGGUACCGAUGUCACGAGCGCCACUUCGGCAGCAAGCGAAAGCAUUCCCAUUACCACGACCGAUGCCGUCUCUGUUACCGCGACCGGCGACAGCCCAGUACCCACGACAACGUCUGAUGGUGGUCUAGGUGGUGUUAUUAGCACCGUUCUUGGGGUCACCAGUGUCCUGUCUCCCGAGACGAACACCACGGUGCUGCCGUCGACAACUGCGGAGGAGACUGGUGCAGUCCCUACCACCACUGCUUCGGCAACCGAGAGCGUCGACACAAACAGCGGCUUGCUUCCGACCCUGACGGACAUUCUUACGUCCAUCUUGGACCCUACAACCACAUUCCCUGGAACUGCCCCUACUGCCUCGGGCUCUACAAUUGUUGACCCUACAACCACGUUCCCCGGAACAGCACCAACUACGUCCGCCUCUGCAGGCAUAUCCGACAUCAUUACCUCGUUGUUGCCCAUUGUCACUCCUACGACUUCGUCGGCCUCGGUCUCCGUCACUGCCCCCCCCGUGGACAAUGGAACGGAGAGUGGUAGCACGACGUCUCUGCCACCUACGGUUACUGGCUCUGUCCCGAUCACCAUCAACACCACUACCCCGGAUGUCUCGCAGUCUACCGCCCCAACGACGCUGCCAACUACCAUUUCGAACACCACCGUGCCCGAGCCGACCCUGUCCUCGUCCGAGGCCCCCACGAUCCCCACAACGCUCCCUACCACCAUUGCAAACUCGACGGUUCCGACGACCAGCUCAGCCAGCCAAACCGAGUCUGAGACGACGAUCGCACCCACUACGACGAGCGAUACGGUUAUCGUAACGUCCAUCCCUGUGACGGCUACCAUUACGAACUCCGAGUCAUGGCUGCCAGGUACGAUCAUUAUGCAGACUUCUACCUCGGCGUCGACCACAGCUUCAACCACGAGCACUGGCAUCCCAACUACCCUUCCAAAGGCCAUCACGCCUUUUGACACGCCGCCAUCCCAGCCGCCGAACACCACUCCUAUCCAAAUUUCGUUCAACUAUGGCCUGAACUACCAGUUCAUCGCCCAAAAUGGCAUGGCCGCCGCGCAACUGUUCUCCCUAGUUCCUCAGGCUGUUGCCUUCGACCGUGGUUUCUCGACGGAUGAUGUUGUCAUGCGCAGCAUUGUUCCGUACGACACUACUGCCCAACUUGGAUAUAUUACAUCACAGGCGAUCCUCUACGUCCCCUCCGCCAAUGAUACUGUCAGGAAGAUCCAGCUGGACCACAAGAUUCCUUCUUCGCCACUAUACACGAACCCCAACCAGCUUGUGUUCAACAUGACAAGUCAGAUCAAUGUAGCAAUCGACAUCAUUAUGGGAUCGACCUUGGAGGGUAGUAAAACGACGGCUACUGAUGGCGCGAGCCCUACCAGUACUAACAACAACGACCCCUUCGGAGGCGGCUCUGACAACCAGACCAGCUCUCAGAAGGGAACGACCGCUGCCAUCGCUGUGGGAUCUGCUGCUGUCGCUGCUGCAUACGGUGCUGCUAUGUUCUUGAUCGCGCGCAGAUUCAAGCGAAAGCGUCAAGCUGCCUCGACACACCAGCGCAGCAGUUCGAUCACGUCCCCAUCGGAUAUGCGCCAGACUGGUAGCCCAGCUUUGAUGGGUGGUGCGCUCUUGUCCCGCGACUUUACUGCCGCGGGCUAUGGUGGAACGGGUGGCAUGAGAGACAGCCAGGGAAGCGGUACCCACAACUCGGCUCGCACCGCCUUCAUCAGCGCUCCUGUUCGUACAGAGAACUCCCUCGGGUGGACCUAG